AUGAGCUGCAUUUAUCACUAUGAAAACUCUUUUUCAUAUUUCGAUGACACAAUAAACCGUACAACAGAUGGCCAAUAUAAUACAGAGUUGGCUGGAAAUAGAGACGGAUUAUUUGGAGUGGAUCCAGACUCUGGGUUCUUGUAUGCUAUGAAACCCUUUGAUCGAGAGAGGCAAGAUUCAUAUACACUUCAGGUAUCUCUAAAAAGUAAUGGUGUAGAAGCUGUUCAUGAUCCAAUUACUAUUAAUAUUAGAGUGAAAGAUGAAAAUGAUAAUAUGCCUAUAAUGACGGAGAACAUAUUUUAUGGAGUUGUCAGCAAAGGAACAAAGCAAGGAGUUGCAUUUAUGCAUAUAAAAGCCACAGACCUGGAUGAUCCGUCCACUCCGAAUGCAGAUUUACGCUACAAGAUCAUGUUGUCUAAUCCUGCUGAAUCAUAUGAAAAUAUGUUUCAGAUAGAUGCAAGGACAGGGGCUGUUUCAUUAACAGAGAUGGGAGUUUCCUUGCUGCCCCAGCUGGAAAUAAACCAGUUUAAACUGGGAGUUCAGGUCAAAGACAUGGGCGACAUACCUCUGGGAUACACUGCAGCUGCAAACCUUAAAAUUGAUUCUGCAGAAAACACGUGGGUCACUCCAAGCCCUGUGUUCCUUCAAGAGAAUCUUAAAGGAGAUUAUCCUAGGAUUAUUUCUUCAGUAAAGUGGAAUGGCACAGAGGUUCACUACAGCCUGGAAGGUAAUUUCAAGGAUGGCCUUUACAGCAUUGAUGAUACCGGAAAUAUUUAUGUUACAGAAGAACUGGACAGAGAGAGACAAGCUGAGUAUCAGAUCGAAGUGUUUGCAGAGAAUGAUGACGGAGUCGCAUAUAGUGAACCCAUACAAAUUAUUAUUACUGUAAUCGAUGAAAAUGACAACAGACCAAUUUUCUCACAGGAGACGUACCAUGUGAAAAUUACAGAGACAACAGCAAAAGGUUCCCAUCUUCUUACACUAAAAUCAAUGGAUGCUGAUGAUAAAAACACCAAAAAUGCACAGAUCAGUUACAAAAUCAAUAGUCAAAAGCCCAAAUUACCAAAAGAUUCAUUAUUUUAUGUUGAAGAAGAGACCGGAGAGUUAAGUCUGCUGGAUUCAAGCCUUCAGUCCAGCAUUGCCAACCAGUAUAGAUUGGAAGUUACAGCCACUGACCUUGCUGGGGAAGAAGGAGGUCUGAGCAGCAGCUGUGUCAUAAUAAUAGAUGUAAUAGAUGUUAAUGAUAAUCCUCCUGUAUUUCUCAAGAAUCAGUUUAAACCAUUUACUAUUCUGGAGGAUACAGAACCAGGGAGGUUAAUCACUACUCUAACAGCAACAGAUGAAGAUAAACAGUUGGAUAACAAAAUUAUAGACUUUUUCAUACAAUAUGGAAAUGAGGAUGAGACAUUUGGAACAAUGGCAGACCAGGAUAAGGGCACUUUGGACAUCUUUCUCAAGAAGGAACUAGAUUUUGAGCAGAUGCAAGAAUACACCCUGAUUGUCCAUGCGAAGAACAGGACCCCACUAUCUGGGGUGGAAUACAGCCCCAGCUCCACAGCCACUGUUCAUAUAAAAGUUGGAAAUGUCAAUGAGGCCCCAGUUCUUACCCAGAAGAAAUAUGAAGUUAGAGUACCUGAAAGUGCACAGACUGGAUCUGUGAUACUUACUGUAGAAGCUACUGAUCCAGAUAUUUAUGAACCUGCCACUUUAAGUUACAGCUUGAGAAAUGAUACCAAGAAAUGGCUUCACAUCCAGGAAUAUUCUGGGAAGAUCCAGCUCCUUCAUUCCUUAGACAGAGAGGAGUCCGAUGACACAUACAUUGUUCAGGUUGUUGUGCAGGAGAAAGGUGACCCAACUUUGUCCGCUACAGCAGAUGUUGUCAUUCACAUUCUGGACGUAAAUGAUAAUUUCCCUUUCUUAGUUGGUGACUAUUCAGAGGAAUAUUUCUGCACCCCAAGAAGAGAGUACCAGAGAAUUCUCAUCAAGGCAUUUGACUUUGAUUCAGUGGAAAAUAGUGCUCCCUUUAGUUUCAGCCUAGCCAAGGAUCCCACACUUCAAACUCAGUGGAAAAUGACUGCUCUUAAUGGGACUCACGCUUAUCUUUCAAUGGGGUUCCACUAUCUCCAGCCCAAGUUACAUUAUGUUAUGAUCAUCAUCACAGACAGUGGCACGCCCCCGCAGAGUCAGCAUGUACAUCUGCCAGUAACUGUGUGCCGCUGCAGCACCAGGGGACAUUGUAUGAGAGAUGUGGACAGAAUGGAAGGAAUGCCAACUGUUGCAUCGGCUGUGGGGAUCCUCGUUGGCACUUUGGGAGCCAUAUGCCUUAUCUUGAUUGUUAUCUUCACACGACUUUCCAUUACAUCUCCCAGGAAGAAAACGGGAAAAUCUGACACUACUCCCUUGAAGUCUACAAUCUAAACUGUGUAUUGUGUCACAGUACUACAAAUGUGCUGAUCAUUACCACACAAAGCAUAACAUGUGAUUAUAUAGAAAUGCCAGUGGCAGAUCUCUUCUAAUAAAACCACACUACAUAAAUUAA